GUGUGUGUGACAUUAUGCAUGCUUGCAUGUGUGUCAGAAACCCGGUAUUAUCCCCUUUGCUUCUCCCUUUGGGUGUCCCCGUUGGCAGGGUGCUCCGGUAGGAGGUCACAUCAUUAACUACCUGUUGGAGAAAUCACGUGUCGUGCACCAGAGCCACGGCGAGAGGAACUUUCACAUCUUUUAUCAGCUUAUCGAGGGAGGAGAGGAUGAUCUGCUGAGGAGGCUGGGCCUGGAGAAGAACGCCCAACAGUACCAGUAUCUGGUGAAGGGUAACUGUCCCAAAGUGAGCUCCAUAAAUGACCGCAAUGACUGGAAGAAAAUGAGGAAAGCCCUGAGCAUCAUUGGCUUCACUGAUGAUGAAGUAGAGGAGCUUUUGAACAUUAUUGCCAGUGUACUACACUUGGGGAAUGUUCAGUACGGAGGAGAGGACAGUGGCAGUGCCUACAUCACUACAGAGACACAGAUUAAAUACUUAGCCAGGUUGUUAGGUGUGGACGGCACUGUUCUUAAGGAGGCUCUAACACAUAAAAAGAUCAUUGCCAAAGGAGAAGAGCUGAUGAGUCCUUUAAAUCAAGAGCAGGCUGCUUCAGCACGGGAUGCCUUAUCUAAAGCCAUAUACGGUCGUACUUUUACUUGGCUGGUCAACAAAAUUAAUGACUCUCUGGCCUUCAAGGAUGAUUCAUUCAACAGUAAGAACGCCUCUGUCAUUGGUCUACUGGACAUCUAUGGUUUUGAGGUCUUUCAGAACAACAG